CUUUCUUUCUCUUCUCCUAAUUUUUCUAUAUGGAAUCAGGACGUACGAUUUUUAUAUAAAGCCCCCGCAUUCCCUUCUCUUGCCUCAUGCUUCGUCCUUGCUUCUUCGUGUUCUGCUUUCUGCGUCACCCAUUCUCAGUGUUUCUUUUACUGCACCCUCUCGUGCUCCUUUCUUCUCUCUUUCUAUUUCUUUUUCUCUCUUCUCGCUCUACUUACCAGAGCUCAGAAAUCUAGUUUCUCCUUGGAACAAGGCUUGGCCUUUUUAGCAACCAUAAAUAUAGCAUAAGGAUUUCUCUGCUCCUUGUUGUUCUGAUUCUUCUGAAAAAAAUGAAGUACGUGCUGGUUACUGGUGGGGUUGUUAGUGGCUUGGGCAAAGGGGUUACUGCGAGUAGUAUUGGAGUGCUUCUUCAGGAAUGUGGCCUCCGAGUUACUGCUAUCAAAAUUGAUCCCUACUUAAACACAGAUGCUGGAACAAUGUCUCCUCUUGAGCAUGGUGAAGUGUUCGUAUUAGAUGACGGUGGUGAGGUGGACCUGGAUCUAGGAAACUAUGAGCGCUUCCUGGAUAUCAAGUUGACCCGCGAUAAUAACAUCACUACAGGAAAGAUUUACCAGCAUGUUAUUGAGAAGGAGAGGAAAGGAGAUUAUUUGGGGAAAACAGUUCAGGUUGUCCCUCAUGUUACAGAUGCUAUUCAAGAGUGGAUAGAGCGGGUGGCCCACCUACCAGUGGAUGGUAAACCAGGUUCAGCUGAUGUUUGUGUCAUAGAAUUGGGUGGAACCAUAGGAGAUAUUGAGUCCAUGCAGUUUAUUGAGGCAUUAGGGCAAUUCUCAUGUCGUGUAGGUGCUGGCAAUUUUUGCCUAAUUCAUGUCAGCCUUGUUCCUGUUUUGAAUGUUGUUGGUGAACAGAAAACAAAACCAACCCAGCAUAGUGUUCGUGGACUACGAAGUCUAGGUCUGACACCGGAUAUUCUAGCAUGCCGGAGUACAACGGCUCUUCAUGAGAAUGUCAAGGAGAAACUGUCUCAGUUUUGCCACGUUCCGAUGGAAAACAUUGUUACCCUUCAUGAUGUUUCCAACAUCUGGCACAUUCCUUUACUUUUAAGAGACCAGAAAGCUCAUGAAGCAAUGUUGAAAGUGCUAAAACUCAAUGGGAGAGUUCAAGAGCCAAGUUUAAAGGAAUGGUCCUCUAGAGCUGAUGUUCUUGACAUGCUGCAUGAACCAGUUCGCAUUGCUGUGGUGGGGAAAUAUACUGGGCUUUCAGAUUCUUACCUUUCUGUUCUAAAGGCAUUGGUUCAUUCCUCUGUUCAUUGGCACAAGAAACUUUUUGUGGAUUGGAUUUCAGCUAGCGACCUUGAAGAUUCAACAAAAAGAGAGAAUCCUGAUUCUUAUAAGGCUGCAUGGAAGUUGUUGAAGGGAGCUGAUGGUGUCCUUGUUCCUGGAGGAUUUGGAGACAGAGGAGUGCAAGGGAAAAUUCUUGCAGCUAAAUAUGCUCGUGAAAACAGAAUCCCGUUCCUUGGCAUUUGUCUUGGAAUGCAAGUUGCUGUCAUAGAGUUUGCAAGAUCUGUUCUUGGUCUACAAGAUGCCAAUAGCACUGAAUUUGAUCCUAAUACGAAGAACCCAUGUGUCAUAUUUAUGCCUGAGGGAUCAAAAACACAUAUGGGAGGUACCAUGCGUCUUGGAUCUAGGAGGACAUAUUUCCAGGUCAAUGACUGCAAAUCUGCAAAAUUAUAUGGAUGCAAAAGAUUCAUUGAUGAGAGACACCGACAUAGAUACGAGGUGAAUCCUGAUCUGGUUGCAAGACUUGAAAAUGCUGGCCUUUCUUUUACUGGGAAGGAUGAAACUGGCCGACGUAUGGAGAUUGUUGAACUACCUAAUCAUCCUUUUUUCAUUGGUGUUCAAUUCCACCCUGAAUUUAAAUCAAGACCUGGAAAGCCUUCUCCUUUAUUCUUAGGGCUUAUAGCAGCUGCAUGUGGACAAUUUGAUGGUCUCUUACAAGAGGCCUCAAAAGGAGCUGGAACUGAUAUCUCUGCAACCAAAGUAUACCAAAACAAAAUCACAAAGAAGGCAGGUUUUGAUCCAAGAGACUAUGUCUAUGGAAGCUGCAAUGGACUGCGUUUUUGAAGCCUGUGUGUUUGGUCAUUUAUGUGAUUUUUAGUGGCUUGUAUGUACAGGAGGUCAUUGGACAGAGGUAGGAAGAAGAAAAUUUCUAAAGAAUGUUAGAUAUGGAAGAAGAGAGUUAGAUCCCAAGUGUUUUUUAAGGGGAUUAAGCUCGUUUAGGCAUUUUACAGUGGCUUCUCAGUGGUUUUAAGUCUUGUGAGUUCUUUGUUCAAUGCUUCUGCAAAUUAGUAACUCCUUGUUUAUCAGAGUUCUGAUGUUGUAUAUAGAGAAUUUUUCCUUUAAUUUGCUAUCUUCGUUUAAGUGGCC